CAAGAUGAUGCGGAGACUGAUGAACACACACGGCAUUCACAAUCGUCUGGUGGUGUACAUUUGCCGGACGGCGGACAAUCGCGUUAUUGACCACAUACAGGCGGUAAAGGAGAAUGUUGGUGGGCGAGGGCUGAUUAUGGUGCAUUAG